AUGGCAUCUUUCAACAAAUUAAAAAACAUGCUAAUGCUGGCAUUUGACUGGAUUCUGUAUGGUGCUGGUGCUGCAGACAGCUGCCAAGUCACUGUAACACAACCCAGAUUUCAGGAAGCUGACUACUCCACGCACACUGUGUUCCUAGCAUGUGCCUUCUCUGCAUCUGGAUGCUCCUCGUCCCCACCGCAAGUUCUAUGGUUUCGCUUUUUAACUAAUGAACACGAGGAUUUGUGUACUCCUGGAUGCACAGAUCAUCAGAAGUACAGAGUACAUGUAUUAUCAGAAAAUAACAUUUCACUUCAGAUCAAUGAUCUCACUGUAGAUGACAAUGCUGUUUAUAUCUGUGGAAUAGCAUUUUCAGAUUCAAGUUCACCCCAUUCUAAACAAACAGGAGAUGGAACAGUACUAACGAAAACAGAGAAGCAGCACAGCAAUGGAAAACUCAUCUUCAUCUUCAUGAUCAUCGCUUCAUCCUUACUGUUUCUAUACAGCACCACUGUAUUCACAUUCUUUGUAGUCUACAAGUUAAAACCAAAGCUGCUAAAGAAAAGUGGGAAGGAAGACCAAAGAACAGAGAACUGUAAACUCAGUAGUGGCCGAAAAAUUUUUCAAGCAAUUGCCCAAGAACUUCAAAAGCAGAGGUACACUGAACAUUGCCAACAGCCUGAUGAUUUGGAAGAUGACAGUGUUUAUCAGAACAGAUGA